GUGCGUUCGUAGCCACUUGCCUAUGUCUCCUCUCACGGCGAAUGCGCGCGUGCGUGCGCCCCGCUCGCCAUCACCCUCCCUAAUCCCAGCUAAAGGCGCCCCUUCAAACUGGGGACAUGUUUUCCGGAACUCGACAUCGCAUGUCGCGCGUCUAUUUAAACGCGGAAGAGAUUAUCCACUCUCGCAAUCCAUACCACCUAACUUUGCCUUCGUUUCAUGGAGCCUCCACGCCGUGGCCGGUUCGUUCAGGCAUUUCGUCAAACAGGGGGUAGGCGACGCCGCCGCAUCCGCCAUCCGUCGGAAUUAUCUAAAGGCUCCGCAGCGGGUCGUGAUGAAGUCGCGUCGUCGGGCGCAGCGACGACGCACGAUGGCAACUGUGACGACGACGACGCAGAGGUUGAGCUGCUGGAGGCGGAGAGCGCGCGAAAGAAGAUUGAAGCGCUGGCUGCGAUGGUGGGCAUGGAAGGAUCGAGCGGAGCAGGGGCAGUGUUGCGCGAGGUAGUGAAGGUUCUCAGAGAGUUGGAGAAGAAAGCAGAGCACGUCCAGUGGAGAAGCAGGGAAUUAAAGAAGGAUGAUCAGGAAGAAGAAGAGUAGCUAGGAAGGAAUUAUAAUGGAAAUGUGUGUUGCAUGCCUUUCUCUCUAUAUAAGU